CACAUCGUCCUCUAUAGAGAUCUGAUACCAAUAGGCUCAAUUUUCACCCGAAACAAUUUUCCAAUUUAAUUGACGUUCGUAAAGAAAUCGACGAUAUACGUUGAGAAGUAGCGUUUACAUUAAAAAGACAAUCAAGACAAUUCCUCAUUUAUUCGUCAUCAUGAAUUGGAUGCUUUUAGUAGCUGUGAUUGGCUGUUGCUCGACAUGUUUGGCUGCUUCACUCCUACCUCACGAGCAGGGUAAAAAUGCACCUUCUCCUAUUGACUCUAUUCUUCAACCUCGUCAACGAAGAGACUCGUACAACGUUAUUGACGAUUGCAUGACGGUGACAUCGAAGGAUGGCCAUUUUUACUAUAAAGCAAGUCCCAAAGACGAGGUGGAACCAGGUACAACUUGCGGCCUCUAUCUCAUCACCGAUCCUGAACGGCAAAUUGAAAUUGAAUUACUUCACGUCGAUGUCUCUUGCGAAGACGGAGGCCUCAUUUCGGUGGUUGAUGGAUGGGAACUUAAUGGCGAAUUUUUCCCGUCACCUGAAGAUCAUCAAUUGCCACUCGACCAACGAGUUCAAUCUGAAUGUGGUAGUCAUCAAGUAAUGCGUCGAUACCUUUCGUCGCAAAAUGCCGCUUUGGUCCAGUACAGAGUGCCACGUUUAGGCCAAGGCUUUUCACUCCGCGUCAACUACGUCAAGAAUCCUCAACCCUGCAAUAUUCUGGUGGAGGGGACGUCUUACGUUUACACUUUGAGCAAUCACGGACGUCGCCUCAACUGCAGUGUGACUACCCUCUUCCCUGCCAGCAUUUCACUUGUUUCUCUCGAUGUCGGUUUCACUAACCAGAGACGAUUGAGUCGUCUCUUAUCAUCCCGUCGUGAUCACUUGAUCGCCCAUCGUUCUACGGCCGGCGAAGUCGUUCAUAACUGCGAGGAAAAAGAUAUGUCUGACUACCUGCAAAUUGGCGGCUCUUCUGGUUUGGAUACUGCCAACAUGUUGGUAUCGGAUUCGAUCUGCGGUGCAGCCCGCGAGCCAAAAGCGUCUGAAGAAACGAUCGGAUGUGGCAUCACCACCGUGCGGUUGGUUUCGAGCGGCCGUCAUCGCAACUGGGUGCAAGUCGCUAUACGACCUGCUGAAGACGAGGAUCUCUCUUUGGCUAACUUCAUGUGCCCCGCAUAAAAGAAACAUCGAGGCAACAAGAACAAAUUAAAUAUCAAAUCUAAAUUAAUUAUGUUUCUAGUUUCUCUUAUCUAAAGACCUUUCACGAAACGAUAUUGAUCCGUUGAAAGUUUACUCGUUUCACUUCACUUUAACACAUGUCCAUUAGUUAGUCAUUUGACAGUUUGCCGACACUGUAACAAAACAAAAAAUAUUAUUUAGCCAACAGACAAACAUAACGUCGCCUAUACAAAUACAAAGUAUGGCGCUGACAGCACAACUUCCUUCAAGAACUUGGAAAUUAGAGAAUUUUGUUUUAAAAUACUGCCGUCUACGACAUGGCGAUAUAUUACAUGCCCCAAUGUUACUUAUGAUCUCCCUCCUAUUCGCUCGUCUCUUUAUUAAUCCCCUUACCCAAAUAUUCCCUUUUGUUGUCAAUUCUCCCGAACAUCAGGUCACCACUAGACUAUCGAAAAAGAAAAAAUUAUGUAUGCGGGAUUAUUUACAAUCAUGGUUAUUAUUACAAGAUCAUCAAUGUAUUACUUCUG